CUGACGCGUCCCGCGCUUCGCUGAGGCUAGACGUUCGUUGAAUCCCGCGGACUGUAAGUCGGUCCACAGUUCAAACGAAACACGUGAAGUCGCCGGUAUUCCUGAUUGAUAACAGAAGUAAUAAUUAAUGAUCGUUAUCGAUAUUUGUAUAUAAAUAUUUAAGCUUACAGACAUCGCACUUCAGUUUAAAGUGUUGCUUAACGUACACUUACGUACGCUUGAAAAUUAAAGAAGUGAAUUAAGUGAACAGUUUGAUUUUAUUAAAAAAUAUAACAUAGGACACGAAAAGGUGAGAAAAUGGCCCCGAACGUGACGGACGUGAACGGUGUGCUCUUCGAGAGUGACGCAGCAACCCCUGACCUUGCCCUGGCGAAUGCCCCGGUCCAGCAGGCGGACGACAGCCCGAGGAUCUACGUGUGGCGAAAUAUCAUCCUCUUCGCGUACCUUCACAUCGCGGCGUUGUACGGCGGCUACCUGUUUCUGGUGUCAGCGAAAUGGCAAACGGAUAUUUUUGCUUACUUCCUGUACGUGGCAUCAGGGUUGGGCAUCACAGCGGGCGCCCACCGGCUCUGGGCCCACAAGUCCUACAAGGCUAAGUGGCCACUGCGACUCAUCCUUGUCAUCUUCAACACUAUCGCAUUCCAGGACUCGGCGAUAGACUGGGCGCGCGACCACCGCAUGCACCACAAGUACUCGGAGACCGACGCCGACCCGCACAACGCCACCCGCGGCUUCUUCUUCUCGCACAUCGGCUGGCUGCUCGUCCGCAAGCACCCCGACCUCAAGCGCAAGGGCAAGGGGCUGGACCUUAGUGACCUCUAUGCUGAUCCUAUUCUUCGCUUCCAGAAGAAGUACUACCUAAUCCUGAUGCCUCUAGCCUGCUUCGUCCUGCCGACGGUCAUCCCGGUGUACCUGUGGAACGAGACCUGGACCAACGCCUUCUUCGUGGCUGCAUUGUUCCGGUACGCCUUCAUUCUCAACGUCACAUGGCUCGUCAACUCCGCCGCCCACAAGUGGGGCGACAAACCCUACGACAAAUCCAUCAAGCCCUCAGAAAACAUCUCCGUCUCUCUCUUCGCUUUCGGAGAAGGUUUCCACAACUACCAUCACACUUUCCCCUGGGACUACAAAACGGCGGAACUCAGCAGCAACCGAUUAAAUUUCACUACGAAAUUCAUUAACUUCUUCGCGAAAAUCGGCUGGGCUUAUGACAUGAAGACGGUCUCCGAUGAGAUCAUCCAGAAGAGAGUCAACCGCACGGGAGACGGGUCCCACCAUCUAUGGGGGUGGGGCGAUAAGGAUCAUUCUAAGGAAGAGGUCAAUGCGGCUGUCAGAAUUAACCCUAAAGAUGAUUAAAUAUUAAGAUAUAGAGCUUCCUUUUAUGGUCUGAUUUAACUUAAGUUUUUACUUACAGACACUCGCUUAAGGUCUGUUUUUAAUUCUAUAAGACUAAAAAGUCAUUUUAUUGCAAAUGUCGUAUCGGUCUUUAGGAAUAAAAACAUACUAGUAGAAAGUAUCUGAGAUGCUACUUGGUGAGUGAUUGCGAUUUAGCGUAUUAUUUAUAUGUAUCUAUAGAAUUGUGUGAUCGCUUCGAAUACGUGACUUUGUGAUAACACAUCAGUAUUAUAGACCACAUAUUGAUUUUACUUUUAUUUAUAUUGUAGAUGAGAAAAGGCUUAUAAAAGUUGGGGAUUAACACGUUCGGUCAUUGUAGUACUUUUGUUCGUAAGUAUACAUCUGAUGUAUGCGGGAUUGACUUAAAGAGAUUCUAUUUGAUAGAAAAAAAAAAUGUAUUUUGAAUGUGAAUGUCUUAAGAUGCCUCUUCUCAGUUCUAUAACCAUUGAUGACAUGUCAUGUCAAUCCAUUUUAUCGCCUAUCGCAUAUGAUUUUAUUCAUUAAUAAUUAAACGUAAUAGAUUUAGAAACGUCUGCAGUCUGUUUAUGUAGUCAAAAACGUAUUUUGUACUCCAUUUUACCAGUCCAUUCUAUUAGUAAAAUUUUCAGUGAGAUUUCAGCAUUAAAUAAGUUAUGUCACUUAUAAAACAAAAAUUAUGGCUGCCUAGUCUUAAUGCGUUUUUUAUUUAAGGUAAUUUAUUUUCUUCCAUUGCCAGCUUGGCUGACGUAAAGACCCUGGGAUUCGUUUGUAAUCGCCAAUUUCUGUUUAUUUAAUACGUCAAAAUUUUGUAUUGAUUUUUUUUGUAAUUUUUGCGCGUUUGAGUUCCAGAAGCGAUACUUUUUUUUUCAAAAUAAAAUUUGGAAGCACCUCUAUUAUUUAAUUAAGUUCAAAAUUUAAUUCUGAAUAUGUACAAUAUGUUGUAUGCAGCCACUCAUGGUAACAUAAAAACAUAUAAAUAAGAUUAAUCAAUCAAUUAAUUUCAGGGCAAAAUUAACAAAAUGACUAGAGAUUUUUAACAGAAUGUAGUUAUUCAAGUAAACGGGUCGAUAAUGUUGAUAUCCCAGUAAUUUAUUUAUGGCAAAGUUCAUUACGCGUCGUUGUAUGACCAAGUUUUAUUUAAUAUUAAGGAUAUGUGGUAUAUAAUAAGUUUUGUAAUGUGUGCAUAUUGUAUGCAUGAAGAGAUUUGAGCUUCACCGAACUUAGCUGGCUCUAAUUCGGUGGUACUUUUAACUUCGCUAAUUUUGAAGAUGCAUCUGCAGUUUAAAUUUAUAUCUGUAAUAUAAAUAUAUUAUAGAGAUUAUAUAUGUGAAAUAUCUGUAACUUGUAAGUUUUUACUAAGAUCUAUUAAUUUAUAAAUAAUAUUAAAAUAUUUUUUUAUAUAGAAAGUAAAGCUGAAUUAAUAGUGCAGUUGCGUCUUUAUUAUUUGUGAGUUGAGAGUGAACAAUUGGUACAAUAUGUAUUGGACUGAUGUGUGAAGAUGUUUGUGAUAUUAGAGUAUCAUUUAAAGCAUCGUUGAUAUGAAACUGCUACUAAUUUUUUUUUUACCGGCCCCCUAUUAAGUUUGUUUGCCAUAAGUAUAAACCUAAAAACCUUAAUACCAGACGAAAUAGUAUCAAAGUUUCCUUACAGUCAUCAAAUAUGUAGUAUCAAUUUGCUACAAUAUACUAACCAAAAUUGGCCUUUAUGUAUUUGAAAUAAGGUAUACGAAUUUUCAGUUAUUGU